AUGUCCUACGUCGAUGCCCUGGAAUUGACACGCUCUCCCUCGGGCACGGUGGCCAUCUUCAACCCGGAGCGGCCAAGACGCUCGCCCGCCAUGGCCAUCCCAGUCGAGGUCUGGCGCCAUGUCUUCGACCUGCUCCCGGCCUCUGUCCAAGCUGCUCUAGCUACCGUGAACCGCACCUGCCUGCAGACAUACCGCGCUAUCCGAUACCGUGCCAUUGACUUCGAGGACUAUGGCCGUGUCACGAAGCGCCUUGUCCGCUUGCUUGGAUACGUGAAGCUAAUGACUGUGGCGUCGUUCGUACGCGAGGUCCGCGUACGGCCCUGGGAUAUCUCGCAAGAGUCCCGGCGCAAGAAGCACCACCUGCCCUUUCGCAUGUGGCGAAUCCAAUCUGCGUUGGCCAUAACUCCCGCUCUCCGCUACACUCUCGAGUGGGAUGAGCAGCUGCCAUACUCAAACGCCUUCUUCUCCCAACUACUGGAACCGGUGCUGAGCGGCGCUAUGAGCCAAUCACUCAUUCAUCUAUCACUGAAGAUCCCGCCCUCCACCAAUUUAACAGACCGUCUCGUGGGCAUCCGCCUUCCUGCGCUGGAGACGCUGCACAUCGAGUUCUGCCUGCCGAACGGUCAACCGCACGCCAUGCACUUCGUCGAGGAGAUGCGCCUCUUCGCCAACAACGUCGAACACCCCGAUCGCGCACAUCUCCAGUCCCUCGAGAUCGGCGUGACGUCCUCCUCCGACCCCUUCGCCCUCAGCGCCUUCUUCGAGCAUCUGGGACCCUUUCGCGCCCUGGACCGCUUCCAUCUCACCGUCCCCUUCAAUGGCGCGCACCUGCAGGACAUCUCCGGCCUGCGCACGUUCCUCCUCCUCCACGCCCGCCAGCUGCACCGGCUCGCCUUCCGCACACGACGCAUGACGCCCGCGGCCGCGCAGUCGAACCCAGGCUGGUGUCUGCGGAGCUCGCGCUUCGCCCGGUCGUGGGACCUUUCGACGUCGAGGCCCUUGCGGAUUGGGUGCGCGUGCACGCGAACAACCUGCGCUCGCUCGUCCUCGCGGAUCGGCAGCUCAUGCCAGAGGAGGUGGCGGUUCUCGUCGACGCGCUCGAUGUGGACAUCGCUCGCCGCGUCAAGCUGCGUGUGCGCCGCCUGA